GGUUUCCCCUCGCGGUGCGUGCGUUCCUCAAUUCCCGUGUGUCGUGUGCGUUUUUAUCGCUUUUUCUUCCCUGAUUAUAAUCGGCCGUUCCGUUCCCAGUGUCUACCGCUCCCAAAUGACUACUCAUUUAUGGCUAUGCGAACAUUUCAACUCUGCCUUGUGUUUGCAGUAGGAUAUUUCGUUCAGCGAGCCUCAGCUCUACUCGGCGCCAACAGACCGUCCCUCCCCAUCGACAACCACUACCCCCAGCACGCCCCCUCGUACGUCCGCCCCCAACAGCAACAGCCUUCUCCCGAUGUCUCCCUCCGCUUCGUCGAAGAGCCUUCGGACGUGGUCACGCCCCGCAACCGCGACGUCACUCUUCGCUGCGCCUGCGUUUCCACCCGCGGCAACGCCUCCGUCACGUGGCUGUACGAGGGCCGGUCGCUGUUCGCCGAAGACGGUCCCGCCUUCGCGCCAGGCCUCGCCCGCUGGCGUUUGGAGGAAGGGGGCGUGGCCUUGCGUCUGCUGCGCGUAGCUGGAGGGGGUAAGAGGGCGGGACAGGGUGGCAGCGGAGGGGGCAACGCGGGGGAGUACGCUUGUUUGGCGCGGAACGAAGUGGGAGCGGUGAUGUCGAGGACGGCGAGGGUCAGACUGGCAACAAUGGAUAAAGAUGUGACCGCGCUUACCUAUAACCUCACUAUUUACGAAACCCAGCCCAUCCUUCUUCACUGCAGUGUUCAUUCGACGCCUCCCGCUGAAAUCCAGUGGGAGUUCAACCAACUACCUCUACCAAAAGACAAACGAUAUGUUCCUUUGCCUGAUGGCUCCUUAUUAAUAAGAAAUACCAAGCUUUCCGAUACAGGAAAUUAUAGAUGCAUAGCAGAAAAUAUUAUACUCAAGAAAACUAAAUACAGUAAAGAUGUAGAAAUUAGUGUUGUACCUUUAACCGUAGACAGUAUACCUCCCACGAUUAUGCUAGUUAAUUCAUCUGUCAACAAAUCGGCGCUAGAUGGCGAAGCGGUCGAUUUUAUUUGCAUCGCUUCCGGUUAUCCCCUACCUACAGUACAAUGGCUGAAUAGCUCCAACGCAGUUAUAAGCAACUCAUCCACACUUACCAUUCGCAAAGUCCAUCCCAAAGAUUCCGGCAACUACACCUGCGUGGCCAAGAACCCUAACGGCCAGGCCAGGCAACGUUUCAGCCUGGAAGUGCAUCAGAAACCCUUCUUCAAUGCCACGCCCACCUCCAAACGACUGCCCUCCGCCAAAACGGUCCGACUGGACUGCCAGGCGAAGGGCGUGCCCCAACCGCGAGUCUAUUGGCUGAAAGACGGUCAACCUGUCACGAUCGGGGGCAGGAUCAAGAAACAGUGGACGGGAUUGGUGUUUAGUCAUACUUUUACCACAGAUUCGGGAAUAUACCAGUGUGUUGCAGUGAAUUCCGUUGGUAAAAUUUCGACAGCUGCUCAGGUGGAGAUUAACAAUUCUGAAAGUCCCAGUCCUCCUCAAAACGUCAAAUGUCGUCCGUUUGACAGCGAAAGAGUCUGUAUCACGUGGAAGAGUCCUCCAAACGUAUCAGCCCAAGCGUACAGUGUAUAUUCGUAUUUUACAAAAGAUGGUGAAGAAAUGGCAGGACCUGAAUUUCUUGUAACCGAAACGUUUCUGCUGACAGAAGGCCUGAAAACUAGUACAAAUUACACCUUUUACGUGAGGUUAUAUUCGAAGCAUGCCAGCGAUCGUUCGGACAAGAUCACCUGUCAAACAGGUUUAAAAGAAUCUCGAAAUUUGGAUAUUGACGUCAUUAAUAGUACCACCCUGGUACUGAAAUGGAACAAGCUGAGUUCUGAUGUUUUGUGCAACGGUACCAAAGAUCCUUAUGUAGUGGAAUGGUACAGGGAGGGCGACGAAAAGCAGAUAACUUCAGAAAUAACAAUGGAAAGAAAACUAAUUGUAACAGAUCUGAUACCCUCGACCGACUACCAGUUCAGGGUAACCACCGAGAACAACGCCAUCGGUCAACGCGACGCCUCCUGGACCAUGUACAUCAUCCCCGACCUCCAGGACGCAGAGAACGGUUCCUCGGACACCUCCAGCGAGCUGCGCGCCCCCAAGUACCUCCACGAGAUAUCCUCCACGUCUACCAGUACCAAGAUAUCCUGGGACCGGGUUGCCGGUGCUAAAUUCUACACGGUGUGCUACGUACCUGCCAAAGAGAAUAGGGAUUGCGAAGAGGACGAUUUUAUUCGAAGUUACUCUCCGAAAUUCUCUGUUUCAAAACUGACACCAAAUACGGACUACCUGUUCAAAGUUAGAGCCCACGAUGCCAAUAAUGUUUCCGGUGCUAUAUCCAAUUCGCUAAAAAUUCACACACUUGCUGACGUGCCUUCUUUAGUAGAAGAUCUAGAGUACAAAACUAUAAAUUCUUCGGCUGCGUGUGUUUAUUGGCGACCACCAAAGAACCACUACGGAAAUUUAAAGAGCUACGUCAUAUCGUACACGAUCGAUCCCAACCUGUCACUGGAAAACCUGAUCGAAUACAACGUUUCCAUUAGUCAUGGAAAGUCACAGUUUUGUUGGAAAGACUCUGACGAAAACGGAGAGAUUUGGUCGACUUUACUGACAAACCUGUCCACUCAGCAUACAUAUUUGGUGAUGGUCAGGGCUGUCAACGAUUUUGGAGUUGGUCAGCCGUUGGUCACUAGGUUGGACAUACCAAAUAAAGCCAGUGAGGUUGAACAAGACGAAGCUUUACAUAACAGAAAAGUCGGUAUCAUAUUGGGUGUUGUAUUGGCACUGAUCUGCAUCUGGUGUUGUAUAGCGUUCAUCUUGCUGCGCAGGCGUUGUAUAAAGAGAAGAGCGGUGGCGAGGGAACGCUUGGCCGUUUCCAGCAACUAUCGCCCUGCGGUUGCGCAUUACAUGCCGCACGUUGGAACUGUUCAAGUGAGAAUGGAACAGCCGUGUACCGCAACCGAACACGAAAUCGAACAAUUAGUACCUGAAGAACAAACCUCACAUAUUCCUCCUAUCACACCAGAUCAUUUGGAUACCAAGUCUUCUGAUUCACAGGGUGCCAAUGAUUUCCCAAAUGGUCACGUGAACGGGACUAACAACAAACGUACCCAUAUGAACGGUGCCGUUCUUAAUGGAAACGUUCAUAUAACAGAGAAUCCACAGUAUUACGCUUAUGAAAGUAGAGGCAAAAUGGCCAAGAACAAAUCCGAACCCCUCCUCAGGCACUACGUGGAAGACUCCAACUCCAACAGCGUGAAGCCAUCCAAGUUCUACGACUUCCUCCACCUUCUCGACCACGCUGUCAAGCCCAAACCCUCGUCCAUUCAGGACGAAGGCGCGAGCAUUCUCUCCAACGGGGAGCUUUCCCCCAACACCACCCAACUUACCAUCCUGGAGGACUCUCUCAAUAACGGGGCACACAGGAGACUAUCCCCAGUUUUAGAGCCCAACGGUUAAAGGAAUGGGGUUCGCAGGAUAUAGGUGAAUGUUUUUACAAAACUCCAAAAAAAAAUCACCUCCGUAUAAUCGGGGAGAACGAAAAUAUUUAGAUGUAUACGGAGGGGAACAAAAAAACUGUAAGAGAGCAACAAGUACUAUAAUACCAACCAACCGCGAGUCAUCUGCUGCCUUAAACGGAAAAAAAAUAGUUUAAAUAAACAUAGGUAGUUCAUACGUAAUUGCAUUUUACACGUUUAAUGAAAUUGAAUAAAGAAACGCAUCGACUGAUUUUUACAAUAGGAUAAUGUUUUGAUUCGGAUUUGUUUCUCGUGUGGAAACCUUGAGGAUGUGUCACGUAGGUGUUGGAUUAAUUCGAGUUUUAAAAAAGUUUUAGUGCCACUGGUACAGAAUUGUGUCACGUACGUCGUAGAUUAAUACUGGUUUUAACGGUUUUGGAAUCACAGGAACAGAAUAAAUAGUUUUGGAACUGUGGUGUUGAGUGUUGAAGAAACACAACACUACAGUAGUUAGUACCUACUAUAUAAAAGUGGAUUUCAUUUAAUUAUAAUGGUAAAUAAAUGAAAAUAUUCUAUAUCUUAUCUGAAUAACUGAAAUGUUAACAAUUUGCUUAUACAACAGUAUAACGAAAGUAUUCAUCUACAAUCUCUAUGUGAUUUCAAUCAGAAAAAUUGUUACAUCCAAAUUAAGUAACUGUUUAUAAUAAAUCUCUUGAAUAUUUGGUUAAAUAACCAAUCAUUGUUAUUUGUUGCAUGACUUGUAUUUACGCUAUUUAAUUUGAUUUAACUUUUUUUUUAAUUUUUGAAUCAAGGCAAUUUAUAUUUCAGUAUUAGAAAAUAUACUUCAUCAAUUUGAGAAUAUCAAAAUAUGGUUAAAUAUCGAUCAAAACUUUGAAUUCUUUAAAU